AUGCCGCCGCCCGAGCUGGACGCCUGGGCCCACAACAACACCGCGGCCAGGGGCUUAGGCCACCCGAGGGGCAAGCGGCAGCGCUUCGUGGACAAGAACGGGCGGUGCAACGUGCAGCACGGGAACCUGGGCGGCGAGACCAGCCGCUACCUCUCCGACCUCUUCACCACCCUGGUGGACCUCAAGUGGCGCUGGAACCUCUUCAUCUUCAUCCUCACCUACACCGUGGCCUGGCUCUUCAUGGCCUCCAUGUGGUGGGUUAUCGCCUACAUGCGGGGCGACCUGAACAAGGCGCACGAUGACAGCUACACCCCCUGUGUGGCCAAUGUCUACAACUUCCCUUCUGCCUUCCUCUUCUUUAUAGAGACUGAGGCCACCAUUGGCUAUGGGUACCGCUACAUCACGGACAAAUGCCCCGAGGGCAUCAUCCUCUUCCUCUUCCAGUCCAUCCUGGGCUCCAUUGUGGAUGCCUUCCUCAUUGGGUGCAUGUUCAUCAAGAUGUCUCAGCCCAAGAAGAGGGCCGAGACGCUGAUGUUCAGCGAGCACGCGGCCAUCUCCAUGCGGGAUGGCAAGCUCACCCUCAUGUUCAGGGUGGGCAACCUGCGCAACAGCCACAUGGUCUCCGCGCAGAUCCGCUGCAAGCUGCUCAAGUCUCGACAGACACCGGAGGGCGAGUUCCUCCCACUUGAUCAGCUUGAACUGGAUGUAGGUUUUAGCACUGGGGCCGAUCAACUUUUCCUGGUGUCCCCGCUUACAAUCUGCCAUGUGAUAGAUGCCAAAAGCCCCUUCUAUGACCUCUCCCAGCGGAGCAUGCAAACAGAGCAGUUUGAGAUUGUCGUCAUCCUAGAGGGCAUUGUGGAAACCACCGGGAUGACGUGCCAAGCCAGAACGUCGUAUACGGAGGACGAAGUUCUUUGGGGUCAUCGUUUCUUCCCGGUUAUUUCCUUGGAAGAAGGAUUCUUUAAAGUUGAUUAUUCCCAGUUCCACGCAACGUUUGAAGUCCCUACCCCACCUUACAGCGUGAAGGAGCAAGAAGAAAUGCUGCUGAUGUCCUCGCCGUUGAUAGCCCCUGCGGUGAGCAACAGCAAAGAGAGGAAUAAUUCUGUGGAGUGCCUGGAUGGGCUAGACGAGGUCGGUACAAAACUGCCUUCAAAACUGCAGAAAAUAACUGGACGGGAAGACUUCCCCAAAAAACUCUUAAGGAUGAGUUCAACGACCUCUGAGAAGGCCUACAGCAUGGGUGAUUUACCCAUGAAACUCCAGCGAAUAAGCUCAGUCCCUGGUAAUUCAGAAGAGAAACUGGUUUCUAAAACGACAAAGAUGCUCUCAGAUCCCAUGAGUCAGUCGGUGGCUGAUUUGCCACCCAAGCUUCAGAAGUUGUCAGGAGGAGGCGGCGGCAGGAUGGAAGGAAACCUUCCACCCAAACUGAGAAAAAUGAAUUCUGACCGAUUUACAUAACUGCACUAGACUUUUAGGUAUUAUUUAAAGCUUGAACUACUAACAGAUGUAAUGGGGGCAGGAAAGCAGGCCCUCUACAAAGAGUAUAUAUGCUAAAUUAUGUGUUUCCUUGGCACUACAUGCAAAGGGGGAGGAGCAUCCCGCAGCUAACGAUGACUGUACGUAUAUGUAAGUAUACUGCUGCGACUGAAGACAGGACGUCCUGCUCCUCGGGCUAAUCGGAGCGCUGAUGUUCGUUGGCAUGUAGUAGCACAACACGCAUGCAAUAAUAGUGUGCAAUUUUUGCAUAUAGUUUUAUGGCAUGAUUCCUACUGUAUUUAUACUGUAUAUUCUGAAAAAUAUGUAAAGGGGUGUUCCUUGCCCCUGUAUUUCUUAAGAGUAAGUAGUAGGUAAAACAUGCGAGUGGGUAACUUUCAGGUAAGUUAUAAUUUGAUUUGAAAAAUACUUUUUUCUGCUGUAGAUUGUGAUGUUUUGUUCAACAAAGUAGUUAUUGUGCAUGUUUUUUUCUUAAAAGAAGGCUUAUACGUAUUAGUUAAUUCCUAACACCAAAUCUGCUAGCCUUAAAUUAACCGCUAGCUUCUCUUUUGCUUUAAUAUUUUCUUGGUUUUUCUUUUCCUGCCUCUAGGUUACUGGAAAA